CCAACGAUACUUGUGCUUUCUCUGUUAUUAGUACCUUUGGACUGAAAGAGUAAAUAAAUCUCAGUGGCGAUGUAGCUGACUUUGAACUUAUCUACAGAUGACAAGAUCUGAAGAUUUGUGAAAGUUCUAAAUAUGGGAAACUUCCAAACAGAUGAUUUCAUAGCAGGUUGCCUAGGAGGAGCUUCUAGUGUCAUUGUAGGACACCCUUUGGAUACAGUUAAGGCUCGGUUACAGGUCGGUCAUGGAUAUGGAAAUACAUUCAACUGUAUUAUAUCAAUCUAUCGGAAUGAAAGUGUUGCCGGAUUCUAUAAAGGAAUGUCUUUCCCGUUGGCCAGCAUUGCAGUCUACAACUCUGUGGUUUUCGGUGUCUUCAGAAAUACUCAAAGAUUUAUUAGUGAAUGUCGAAAUAGAAGCCAUUGCCGUGCUCCUGACAUUUUAGAUGUGACUGUUGCAAGCAUGGUGACAGGAUUUAUUUCUGUAGGAAUUGGUAGCCCUGUUGACCUGGUAAAGAUAAGACUUCAAAUGCAAACACAAUCUUUCAUCCCAGGUAGGAAGGAAAACAUGCCUACGAAACAUAAAUCGCCAUUGUUUCAACACCAAGCUGCCUAUAAAGGUCCAAUACAUUGCUUCAAUUCAAUUAUAAGGCAAGAGGGAUUUGCAGGAAUGUAUCGUGGUGCUGGGGCUAUGAUUCUGAGAGAUGUUCCUGGCUAUUGUUUGUACUUCAUUCCUUACACAUAUCUAUGUGAAUGGCUAACUCAAGACUAUCACGCAGCACCAAGUGCCUCUAGUGUCUGGAUCGCAGGAGGUAUUUCAGGAGCGAUUUCCUGGGGCACUGCUACACCCAUGGAUGUGGUUAAAAGUCGCCUUCAAGCUGAUGGUGUGCAUUGUAAUAAAUAUAAAGGAGUGACAGACUGUAUUUUACAAAGUUACCAUAAGGAAGGUUUUAAAGUAUUUUUUAGGGGCAUCACUGUAAAUGCAAUCAGAGGAUUUCCCAUGAGUGCAGCUUUGUUUCUGACUUAUGAACUCUCGCUGAAAGCUAUAAAGAAGACUAAAGUGGAAACAGACCCUUGAUUUGCAGGUGAAGAUGAAAAAUAUUCCGAUCUGACUUUGCUCUUCCUGGUAACAUUUCUACAGCAAUGAAAUUACCACAAUUAAAUGAAACGUGUUGUUAUAAUGGAUCAUUACAAUAUCAGAUAAUUAAGAAUUAGUGUAAGUAGUCAGUACAGUAUGAGUUGCCCUGUACUUUUCCUACCACAAACCUCAAACCUCUGUCAAUAAAAGUCAAUAAAAAAAACCCCUCAAAACUCUGAUGACGUCAAAAUAAUUAUGUUUGAAUGAUUACCAUCAGAUGUGAGAUGAAUGUACUUUACCUGUUUCCAUGUAAGCUACUUAAAUUGCUGGAAGUCAUAGCUCAAAAUAA